AUGAAUUAUUCGUUUAAUACAAACAGAAAUUCAAAUAGAAAAUCAACAGAAAUAACUAAUUGUUUAGCAUCAUGUAUAUCGAGUCCUGGAGAACAACAACAACAACAACAAGGAAAUGAUACUGAUCUUGAAAGAAUAACACCACCAAUACCAUCACCAUCAUCAUCAUCAAAAUCAGAUUCAAAUACAUUUAUUGGAAAAGAUAAACUUCUUGAACAAUUUAAACAACAAUUAAAACAAUUUGAAGAAUGGAAUCAACGACAUGAUUGGCUUGCAUUUCAUCAUCAUCAUUAUGAUUGGUGGAUGUUUCCUAUUGAUGAAAUCAGUAGUCGAGGUUCGACUUAUCAAUUACCUGAUGCUGUAAUAAGUGAUCUAAAAAAAAAUGAAGAAUUUAUUCGUGAUCUUCGUCGAGGUGUACGUCUAAUGGUUCGAAGUUGGGGUUGGGAUAUUGAUAAAGGUCAAUUAUUUGAUAAAUUAGAUGAUAAACAAAAAUGGUCUUAUUGGCCUGUUCGAUUGUAUAAAGCUGGUAGAUCUAUGUGGUUAUUUGAUCAAAUAGAUUAUUAUGAAUCAUUAAAAAAAUUAGCAUUUCAUAUUAAAGAAAAAGAAAAACUUGAUUUUUUUUCACAUACAAAAAAUGGUAAAGCUGAUGUACUUGAACAGUGGAAAGAAAUGGAACAAACGAAACGUUUCUAG